UUAUGUUAUUAAUCAUAACUUUUUAUAGUUUUAUUGUUUUUAACGCAAAAAUUGUGAAAUCCGCCUUUAAAAGCAGAAUUAUUUAGUGAAGGAAUACCAGAGCUGCUUAAAUUCAGAAAAUGGGCAACGAAAUGUCACAAUCGGCUAUGGAAAAGCACCUAUUCAACCUAAAAUUUGCAGUGAAAGAGUUGGAAAGGAACUCAAAAAGAUGUGAAAAAGAAGAGAAACAAGAAAAAGCCAAGACAAAACAGGCCAUUCAGAAAGGUAACAUGGAAGUCGCUCGGAUCCAUGCAGAAAAUGCCAUAAGGCAAAAAAAUCAAUCUCUAAAUUAUUUAAGAAUGUCCGCUAGGGUUGACGCUGUGGCCAGUAAAGUGCAGAGUGCAGUCACUACAAGGAAAGUUACAAAUUCUAUGGCCGGUGUGGUGAAAGCGAUGGACGCCGCAAUGCAAAGCAUGAACUUAGAAAAAAUCUCCAACGUGAUGGACAAAUUCGAGCAACAAUUCGAAGAUCUCGGCGUCCAAACGGACGUUUUGGAAAACACCAUGGCCCAAACUACUACCACUUUAAUUCCCCAAAAUGAUGUUGAUUCUUUGAUGCAACAGGUAGCAGAUGAGGCAGGGUUGGAAUUGAACAUGGAAUUACCAGAAGGACCUCAGGGAAGUACCAUUGGAAGCUCAGUAGUUUCACAGGAGCAGGAUGAACUCACACAAAGGUUGGCUAAACUUAGGCAAACGGAAUAGUGGUGUUUUGUUGAGUCUGAAGGAGCAAGUGUGAGUCUUUUUAAUUAUUUUCUUAAGUUUCCAUGGGUAAGUGCUUGCAAUUAAGCAGAUCUUCCCCAAUAUUUUUCCAAAAGAAAGAGGACAUAAAUGUGAUAUAAUAGUGUAAAAAAAUGUUUCAAUUCCCAGACUAAAAUAGUUCUUAUGAUUGGCCCACAGAUAUUAAAAUCAGCGGUGCCGUUUCUUGAAAUGUAUGCUUUUAAUCCACUUUUGGAGAUCCUCCUUAUAUAUAUAAAUAUGUAUAAUAAGCUUAUUUUUAAUUUGAAAGUGUUGUUUCAUAAGAUUUGUUAAGUUUUUAUAGUGAGCACAGCUAAAAGUCAAUAAAAUAAUUUUAAAAAGUGAAAA